UUAUUGUGCAGUCAACAGUGGACUACAAUUUUUUCUAUAAAUACAACCAUUUGAAGCUGCUAUUCUCACUACGCUCAGAAGAAAAUCUUGUUUAAAAUAUAAGAAAAAAAUCAUACGCAAUGAGCACUGCCGGUCAGGUUAUUCGUUGCAAAGCUGCGGUGGCAUGGGAGGCCGGGAAGCCACUAUCUAUAGAAGAAGUGGAAGUGGCACCACCCCAAAAGCAUGAAGUCCGUAUUAAGAUUCUCUUCACUGCUUUAUGUCACACUGAUGUAUACUACUGGGAGUGUAAGGGUUACACUCCUCUGUUUCCUCGUAUACUUGGUCAUGAAGCCUCAGGGAUCGUGGAGAGUGUGGGUGAGGGUGUGAAUGAUUUGAAACCUGGGGAUCAUGUGCUUCCUAUCUUCACCGGAGAAUGCAAAGAAUGCCGCCACUGUCUGUCAGAAGAAAGCAAUAACAUGUGCGAACUGCUUAGGAUCAACUGCGACCGAGGUGUUAUGCUUGCUGAUGGGAAAACCAGAUUUUCCAUCAACGGCAAGCCUAUCUACCACUUUGUUGGAACCUCGACUUUUAGCCAAUAUACUGUCGUCCAUGUUGGCCAGGUUGCCAAGAUCAGUCCAACCGCCCCGCUUGAUAAAGUCUGUCCCAUUAGCUGUGGGAUAUGUACAGGUUUUGGGGCCACUGUGAAUGUUGCCAAACCCAAAAAGGGUCAAACUGUUGCAGUUUUUGGACUGGGUGCCGUUGGUCUUGCCGCCGCUGAAGGUGCAAGGGUUUGUGGGGCUUCUCGGAUCAUCGCUGUUGAUGUGAACCCCAGAAGAUUUGAAGAAGCUAAGAGGUUUGGGAUUACAGAAUUUGUGAAUCCAAAAGACUACGACAAACCUGUUCAAGAGGUGAUUGUGGAGAUGACCGGCGGAGGAGUGGAUCGCAGUGUGGAGUGUACAGGGAGCGUCCAAGCCAUGAUUUCCGCUUUUGAAUGCGUCCAUGAUGGUUGGGGUGUUUGUGUGCUGGUGGGUGUGCCAAAGAAAGACGAUGCAUUCAAAACUCAUCCAAUGAAUCUACUAAGUGAGAGGACCCUUAAGGGUGCUUUUUAUGGCAACUAUAAACCACGCACUGAUAUUCCUAUGGUUGUCGACAAAUAUUUGAACAAGGAGCUGGGGCUGGAUAUGGACAAGUUCAUCACACACUCUGUGCCUUUUGCCGAUAUUAACAAGGCAUUCGACUACAUGCUCCAGGGUAUAGGUCUGAGAUGCAUGAUUCAUUUGGAUGCUUAAGAGAGUGUUGCUGCUGUAUAUUUGCCCAUCCAAGGAUCAAAACUCUAAUGUUUUGUCCUACUAUGUGUUAUAUUUAUGUGCCUACUUAAGCUACCUUUCCCGGUUAUCAAGAGUGCCUAUAUAGAACUCUCUCUCUCUAAAAAAAAAAAAAGAGAGUUCUUUAUAUGGAGUUUUAUAUUAUGUGCUGAGAGAAUAAAUUAUCUUGUAAAAGCUUGCUUUGUUAAUGAAAUAAAUUCCUAUUACUAUGAUUUUCCAA